AUGGAAGUAGCAGGAGAGCACCUUGUCGGGAAAUAUUGGGAUUACUGGGGCUUUCCGCAGCUGGAGGAGUAUCAAGCUGCGUUAAGGAAGCAGCAGGAGGAGUACCAAGCUGCGUUAAGGAGGCAACAGGAGGAGUUGCAGUGGAAGCAAUGGGAGGAUGAAAUAAAUCAGACACUCCGCACCGUGGAGGAAGCGCUUCGCUCCCGUGCCGUAGCGCCGAACUGCACCCCACCUUCCGGCCCGGAGGGGAACAGUGCUCCACCCUCCUGCCCUGCUGAGAACCCAGUCACGCUGCCCACCGAGGAGGCUGCCCAGCCUUCCAGCCUCGCUGGGGGCAUCACCCAGUAUUCCAGCCCCGCUGGGGGCGUCGCCCAGCUUCCAACCCCACCGGGGAUGGUGCCCCGAGUUUCGAUCCUGCUGGGGAUGGUGCUUCGCCUGUCUGCUGCCUGGCGGAGGCUGCCCUGUUUUCCGAUGCAGCGAGAGACAGAUCACACAGGGGCACCGGACCGCCGUGAAUCUCCUCCAGUGUCUCUGAUCAUCAAUCCCAGCAGAACUCAACACUUUACUGCUGACUCUCUCUCACUGAGCUGUGAGGACCAGAGUGACUCUACUGGAUGGACAGUGAGAGGAUACACACACAGUGAGGCAGUGUCUGAUUGUUCAUCAGUUUCAGGAUCUACAUGUAACAUCAGCUCCCUCUCUACAUCACACACUGGAGUUUACUGGUGUCAGUCUGAAUCUGGAGGACGCAGUAAUCCUGUCAACAUCACAGUGCACCGUGGUCAUGUGAUCCUGGACAGUCCUGUCCAUCCUGUGACUGAGGGACAUCCUCUGACUUUACAUUGUUUAUCUCGCAACUCAAAGACCUCAGCUUCUGGUGUUGAUUUCUAUAAAGAUGGUUCAGUGCUGCAGAACAAGACUACAGGAGAGAUGACCAUCAGUACUGUCUCAAAGUCAGAUGAAGGUUUCUACCACUGUAAACACCCAGAGAGAGGAGAGUCACCCAAAAGCUGGGUUUCAGUCAGAGAUGGAAAAGCUCCACUGUCGGUACUGAAGCUCCUCAGCAGUGCAGUAGCGGCCUCUCUGUAUGUGCUGGUGACCAUCAUUCUGGCAGUGAAAUGUUACAGAGCUCGAACUGACCCUGAUGAGGACAACAGACCGUACAGAGUGAUAGAAGCUGAAGCGUCUGUCUGAGUCUCAGUCUCUCCAGGAUUUUGUGAUCACAGAAAUUAACACAAAAAUCAAAGAAACUCCACAAUAUUCAGAUUCAAUAUUCAACUUGCAAUCUUUCAAAAUUAGCUCAGAUUCUCCGCAGAUUUGGGCCAAGACGCAUCAUGUGACAUGCACAAUGCGCAUUCAGCCAAAGCCCUCUUCCAUUCAUGUUGAACAUGAGUACAGUAAAAAGGUCUCAUUUACCAACAAACAUCACUGUGAAAGACAGUGAAAAAUCCUGUAUAGACUGAUUUAAGCUUUGCUUUGUAUUUUUGUUUUAGGUUAUAGUUUUUUUUAGGUAUAAGACUUUAUUUUUUAACUUAGGUGAUUCCUAGUCUUAAUGUAUGUAUCUGUAUAACUUGUAUGCAUUUAUUUUCAUUAUUUAAACUUUAUUUUGCAUUAUUGAUGUUUUUUAAGCUAUAUGACUUUUACUUUGUUUAAAUUGAAUAUUAUUUUUGAUUCUGUAGCCAGCAUUUACUCAAUGUAGCAUUUGCACAGGGAUAAAUAUGCAGUAUGGGUUGAUGCAGUGUAAUAUUUGUAAUUAAAUAGAGUAAGACUAGUAAUAUUUUAUGAAGUAAAUACUUGGGCAGAUAAGUUUUGUCUAGAAUUCUUUUUCUAAAGGGACCGAAGUGUGCUUUUGUUCUGAUACAUUUUUAAUAAAACAAUAAAGUCUGUUAUAAAAAAAAAAGG